AUGUCAUUGGAAGAACCAUUACCGCUAAUUAUAGCAGCUACCGCUGCAAAUGAACGUCAUCUACUGAUUGGAACAGGGUCUACAGACUCUUUAUCCUUGACGACGAGACGUAUAGAAAGUUUAAUACAGUCAGGUGUUCAUCCGGUGCUAGUAAACCCAUCAUCUACUAAACAUAGUCAGAUUUUACAAACUACAUUCCCACAAUUAGAAAUUCAUGAUAGACCUGUGAAAUUAGCAGAUUUAACUACUUUGGGCCGUAUAUUAACAAGUCGUGUAGUGGAUCGUGUCUAUGUAAAUUUACCAUUUUUACAAUGCAAUGAAGUACCAGAGAUAUUUACACAAUGUACCAAAUUAAGAAUUCCAAUCAAUACAUAUCAACAACCAGAACAUUCAACUUUUCAUAUGUUACCAACAUAUGUUGAUCCUCAAGGUAGUGGACUACAGAUUUCAGUUACUACUAAUGGAUGUGGGUAUGUAUUAGCUAAUCGUAUUAAGAGAGAUAUUAUUAGUAAAUUACCAAAUAAUAUUUCACAAGUUCUACACAAUAUGGCAAAAUUACGUUCUGAAUUAUUGUUGGAACAUGAUAAACAAUUAUUUAAGGAACCAUUAUAUCAAAGAUCACCAUUGGGGUUAGGUUUAGACGAUGAUGAUCAAUGGGAAAGUCAUACUUUAAACACUCUGGUUGAAGAAUUCGUUCAUAAUAAACAAACACAACAAAAGAAACGGACUCGUUGGUUGUCACAAGUUAUGGAAUAUUACCCCUUGGAGCAAUUAGCAUCUUUAACAUGGAGUCAAUUAGAUGAUUCUAUUGUCUCUACUACCACUGAACCUGCAUUCCCUUCAAUUUCAGAAUUAUCAAUACCUAAGAGGGGCCAUUUGUCACUUGUUGGAAGUGGCCCCGGUUCUGUCGGUAUGUUAACAAUUGGUGCUUUGCAUGAAAUUAAAUCUGCAGAUAUUAUAUUGGCUGAUAAAUUAGUUCCACAACCAAUAUUGGAAUUAAUCCCAAAGGAAACUGAAACGUUCAUUGCAAGAAAAUUCCCUGGUAAUGCUGAACGUGCACAACAAGAAUUAUUAGAACGUGGUUUGACUGCAUUACAACAAGGUAAAAGAGUAGUACGUUUAAAACAAGGUGAUCCUUACAUCUUUGGCCGUGGUGGUGAAGAAUAUAUAUAUUUUAAAUCAAAGGGUUUUACACCAAAGGUUCUACCUGGUUUGAGUUCAGCAUUAACCUCUACUGUAGUAGCAGAUAUCCCAGCUACUCAUAGAGAUGUGGCAGAUCAAGUAUUAAUCUGUACAGGAACAGGCCGUCGUGGUAAUCUACCUGAAUUAUCCCAAUUUGUGGAAUCACGUACUACAGUCUUUCUAAUGGCUUUACAUAGAGCCUCAUUAUUAACAAAACAAUUAUUAGAAAAUGACUGGCCUGUAAAUGUACCUGUAGCAAUAAUAGAGAGAGCUUCAUGUAGUGAUCAAAGGGUCACAAGGACACAACUACAAUAUUUACCACAAGUCGUCGAGGAGAUAGGUUCAAGACCACCAGGCUUGUUAGUAAUGGGUAAUGCCGUGAUGAAAUUGGUAAAUAACGAUACCCUAGAAUUCACCUCUGAUCACAUGUAUCACAUAGAUGAAGGUUAUACUGACUCAGCAAUAGAUUUAGCAAGCCUCAGUGGGUUGACUUCGGGUAUCACAGUAUGA